AUGUAAUAACAUCAGAGAAUGUAAAAUAUAAUCUACAUUCUCUGAUAAUAUCAAUAAUACAUUGAGGCGAUAUCUCAGCGACAUCUAGCUCUUAUUUUGGUAUAUCAAAAUGACAUUUGGAAGUUGACAAGUAACUGCAGUGGGGGUUGAAAAAAUCAAAACCACUGAAAACCAAAUAAAACGCAUCUGACUUGUCUUGUUACAAGACCAACAACAACUAUUACAAAAACAAUAUUGAAAGUAACUAAAAGGGUGGUGGUGGGCUGGUUUUGAACAUACGUGCAGUAAACAAGCGUUCAACUGUCACCGAUAAAACAAAACCGAGUUCGAGUUUAUUCGUUUCAAGCGCAGCAGUGAUUGGGGUUGAGAGUGGCUGUGACGGCGACGAGAAAAGCUAAGCCAAAAAUAGGAAUAACUUGACGUGCAAACACAGACCAAAGCGUGAGCUAAACAAAUUGGAACAGAGGAGCAGCUACUCAGGAUUCACAGCGGUCACAGCAGAUGUGUUGUUGUGCUCAUAGUGUGCAGUUCAAUAAGUGUAAUUUAAUAUUAGCACCAUAUUAGUGCCGGGCUGUUAAAUCAGCAUUUUGAAAAUAGUGUUUGUAUUUUAGUGUGUGCGUUAAGCUCCAAACGCUGGCGAAGCGUUUGUACAAAUAUUUCAUCAACAAGAUAACGCACAAAUAGAGUCACAACAACCAGCGGAAAAGUAAGCGACAGCAAAAACAUAAAUCAACGCUUUUACUAGCGUUGAAUGUGACAAAAUACGCUAACGGUAGUGGCCAACUACUAAAGGAAGAGGAAAUAUUGCGCACAACACAAAAACUGCUACAACUGCUUCAAAACGUCUCACAAAAAGCGCAUGAAGAUGGAGAAGACUCCCCGCUACACGCAACGGGAGCGCAACAUGGUGCUGGGCUUCGCCGCUCAAUACAAAGAUGUCAUCGAGAAUAAACGCACUGACGCCGAGUCGAAUCGCAAGAAGGACGAAGUGUGGCGCCAAAUAGCAAAGGAGUUCAAUGCGCGCGUCUAUCAUCAGCGCUCCUCCAAGCAAUUACGUCAGCUGUACAAAAACAUGAAAUUGCUGCUGAAGAAGGAUCUCUGCGGCGAGGGCAAAGGCAAUCGCACAUUCAUGGAUCUGCUGAAUACGCUGUCGCAACAGGAAUCCGUCGCACAAUACAUAUCCGAACAGAUGUCGCCGAAUGGUGGCAGCGGCAUUGGCAAUGGCGGCUACGGCAGUAAUCGACAGCACAAAUACGACGAUGACUACGAUGACUCAAAGAAUCCCUUUCCACAACUUGCCGCGCUCGGCUAUGAUGGCAUGGACCCCGAUGUCAUUGUCAUUAAAUCGGAGGACAUCAGCGAUAAUGAUCAGUCACAGCCGCCUGAGGAUAUGGACGAUGACGAUGGUGACUGUCUGAGUUCCAAAGAUAUACCCGAGGUUUGUUUAGAGGAGGAAGAUGAUGAGAUUUUCGCCACUGACUUGCGUCAUUCUACGCCUGUACAAUCGACGCAUGCGUCACACCGCGCCUCCUUCAACUCAAAUGGACCGCAUCAGCAGCAAAAUUCCACACAACAGCCAGAAGUGACAAUACAAAAUGUCGGCGGCAUACGCGUCGGCAGCAUUGGCAGCUUGGCGAAUCUCAAGGCGCUGCAGAAUGGCGGCAGCAAUUCUGCGCUGAAUAUACCAAACAGCAGUAAUAACGGUAAUAAUGGCCACGGAAAUGGUCAUGGCGCACAUAAUGCUGGUCGCCACACGCCCAGCACGCGCCACCAGGUAAGCGCCGAGCAGCAAGCAGCACAGCAGCUGCUGCUCAACGGCCUCGGCUUGAGUGCCGUGCAUCCGGCAGAGCCGCCAUUGCCGCAACUGCAACGCGCCACGCACGCCGCUAAUAGCAAUAGCAACAACAAUCUUAUCAAUAGUACAAAUCAGCUGUUGCUGAGCUUGAAUGCGAACGCUGGCUACGCCGGCCUGCAGAAGAACAGUCACGCUCAUGGUCACGGUCACAGCCAUCACCAGCACAACGGGCAUGGUCAUGGCGGCAGCGGUGCUGGCGGCGGCCUGCACAAUCACAGCAACAGCAGCAGUGGCAGCAGCAGCGGCAUCGGCGGCACACACAAUGUCAACAAUCGCAACAAUGACUACCUCAUGUCGCUGGCGAUCAAGGAGCGCGAACGGAAGAUUGACCUGUUGAAUGCGCAGAUCGAUUAUUGGAAGACUCUAACGAAGAAGUUGGACUCGAAUGCUGCGCAUAAUCCGACGCCCGCCUGCAUGUGCCACUUUCCCGGCAAAGUGAAUGGUCUGCAGACGCCGACAAGUAGCAGCUAGUCCGACACGGACUUGGAGGAGGUGGAGGAGGAGCAAGCGGACGGCGUAUGCGGUAUGAUUGAAAAUGAUGCGGCCGCUUUGGUGCUUGGCGCGCAAGCAUUGCGGAAAGACGACGUUGUGCCUGA